ACUCUUACCACCCCACGCCAUUCAAGUUUAACCCACCGACACUCAUGCAGAACACGUUGAACAGAUUUCUACUUUACUAGUCUAUCUAAUAGGAGACCGACUUUGUCAAGCUACUGCCAAUUAACGACGAGACCCGUCCGCCGCAAGGACUGCAUAAUUUGUCAUUGUCCGCCCUAUCAAGAAGUGGGUUCUUCACAAGUACGUCCGAAGUCUCCGGUGGAGCCUUUCUUUUAACUCCUCUCUCUAAGUUUUGAACUUUUACCACUGGCGAGGGGAGCGCGCGCUUGACACCGACCCGCUAAACUUUUUCAGGGGCAGCUAACUUCACACGUCGGUCUGACUUGCUGUAUAAAAAGGAACACGGAAAAUCGCCAGCAUGACGAGCAAUAACACACAUUAUUACGACGACAGCCAGCCGCCACAGUACUACCAGGGCCCUGACAACUUUGAGGGAGACGAGGAAGACGAAAUGCCAGCUACGGAGAAGGACCUCGCAGAGGACGCGCCAUGGAAGAAGAUCCAACAGAACACCUUUACGAGGUGGUGCAACGAGCACCUCAAGUGCGUCAACAAGACCAUUACCGAUUUACAAAAGGAUUUUGGCGACGGUUUAAAGCUCAUUGGGCUCCUGGAAGUUCUGAGCCAGAAGAAGAUGUACAGAAAGCACCAUGCUAGACCGAACUUCCGACAGAUGAAACUAGAAAACGUGUCUGUCGCGCUGGAAUUUUUGGACAGGGAACACAUCAAGUUGGUGUCAAUUGACUCCAAGGCCAUCGUGGAUGGUAACCUCAAGCUGAUUCUGGGUCUGAUCUGGACUCUGAUUCUCCACUAUUCCAUCUCCAUGCCCAUGUGGGAGGACGAAGACGAUGAGGAGGCUAAGAAACUGACCCCGAAGCAGAGGCUUCUGGGAUGGAUCCAGAACAAGGUGCCAGAACUACCUAUCAACAACUUCCACCGUGACUGGAGGGAUGGCAAGGCCCUGGGAGCCCUGGUAGACAACUGUGCCCCUGGUCUGUGCCCUGACUGGCAGGCCUGGGACCCUAACCAGCCUGUGGAGAAUGCCAGGGAGGCCAUGCAACAGGCUGACGACUGGCUGGGCGUACCCCAGGUGAUCGCCCCGGAGGAGAUCGUAGAUCCGGAUGUGGAUGAGCACUCUGUGAUGACCUAUCUGUCCCAGUUCCCCAAGGCCAAACUGAAGCCCGGCGCGCCACUCAAACCCAGAGGGGUUCAGCUCUACCCCAAAAAGGCCAAGGCAUACGGUCCGGGUAUCGAGCCCCACGGUAACAUGGUUCUGAGGCCGGCCGUUUUCACCGUGGAGACGGUGGAGGCCGGCCAGGCGGAGGUGCUGGUGUACGUGACGGAUCCAGAGGGACACACCGAGGAGGCUCGGGUGGUGUUCAACAAUGACAGGAAGAGGACCUACACCGUCAGCUAUGUUCCCAAGGUGGAGGGUCUCCACAAGGUGAAAGUGUUGUUUGCUGGACAGGACAUCGACAAGAGCCCCUACAUGGUGAAUGUAGCCAAGGCCUUGGGGGACGCCAAGAAGGUCCACGCCAGGGGGCCGGGCCUGGAACCUACUGGCAACGUGGCCAACAAACCCACCUACUUCGACAUCUAUACAGCAGGUGCGGGUAACGGGGACGUGAGUGUCAUCAUCGUGGACCCCGAGGGGAAGAAGGACACAGUGGAGGUGAUCCUGGAGAGCAAGGGGGACAGUGUUUUCCGUUGCACCUACCGGCCGGUGCUGGAGGGCCCCCACAUCAUCCAUGUCCUGUUUGCUGGCCAGGAGAUCCCCAAGAGCCACUUCCGGGUGAACAUCUCAGAAGCUCCUCCCCCUGUCGUGGGCCCUCCUCCAGUUAAGAUAACUCCCCAGUCUGUCCUCAGCUCCCCGGGGGGGCAGCGAGGGCCGGGGGUCAAGAAAGGGCCCGUCCCUCCUCCCGCUGGCAGACCAAAGGGCCGACCAACCGUCAACGCCAACGCCUGCCGCGCCACCGGCCGGGGCCUCCAGCCCAAGGGGGUGAGGGUGAAGGAGGUGGCUGACUUCAAGGUCUUCACAAAGGGGGCGGGCAGCGGGGACCUCAGGGUCUCCGUGCUGGGACCCAGCGGAGCGGAGCAGCCGGUCAAAGUGAGGGACGUCGGCGACGGCGUCUACGAGUGUGAAUACCUUCCCAGCCACCCCGGGAAAUACACUGUCCACAUCACCUGGGGAGGACAGCCCAUUCCACGCAGUCCUUUCGAGGUGGAGGUCAGCGAGAAGGCGGGGCUCCAGAAGGUGAGGGCGUGGGGUCCAGGCCUUGUUACCGGCCAGGUGGGCAAGUCAGCUGACUUUGUGGUGGAGGCCAUUGGCACUGAGGUGGGAACGCUGGGCUUCUCCAUCGAGGGCCCGUCCCAGGCCAAGAUAGAGUGCGACGAUAAAGGGGACGGCUCCUGUGACGUCCGCUAUUGGCCCACGGAGCCCGGGGACUACGCCGUCCACGUUAUCUGUGACGAUGAAGACAUCAAGGACAGCCCCUUCAUGGCCCACAUCCUCCCGGCAGCCAAUGACUGCUUCCCUGAGAAGGUGAGGGCUUUUGGCCCCGGUCUGGAGCCCACCGGUGUCAUCGUAAACAAACCGGCAGAGUUCACCAUCGACGGCCGCCUGGCGGGCAAGGGCCAGCUCAAGAUCUACGCCCAGGACUCGGAAGGUGUCACCAUCGACCUGAAGAUCACCGACAAGGGCGACGGGACCUUCCUGUGUGUGUACAUCCCCGUGAAGCCCAUCAAACACACCAUCAUCAUCACCUGGGGAGACGUGAAUGUGCCCAACAGCCCCUUCAGGGUGAUUGUCGGUGAGGGCUGCCACCCAGACAAGGUCAAGGUCUAUGGUCCCGGCGUGGAGAAGACUGGACUCAAGGCCAACGAGCCCACAUACUUCACCGUGGACUGUGCCGAGGCUGGACAAGGAGACAUCAGCAUCGGGAUCAAGUGUGCCCCGGGGGUUGUGGGCCCCGCCGAGGCUGACAUCGACUUUGACAUCAUCAAGAACGACAACGACACCUUCACCGUCAAGUACACCCCCCCCGGCGCCGGGAAAUACACCAUCAUGGUGCUGUUUGCCGAACAGGAGAUCCCCAUCAGCCCGUUCAGAGUGAAGGUGGACCCUUCCCAUGAUGCCGGCAGGGUGAGGGCAGAAGGCCCCGGACUCAACAAGACAGGCGUGGAGGUGGGCACUCCGACCCACUUCACCAUAUUCACGAAGGGAGCAGGCAAGGCCAAGCCCGAGGUCCAGUUCACAGCGGCCGGGCUUAAGGGAGAGGCCGUGAGGGACUUUGAGAUCAUCGACAACCACGACUACUCCUACACUGUCAAGUACACCGCCGUCCAGCAGGGUCAGAUGACCAUCACCGUCACGUAUGGAGGAGACCCCAUUCCCAAGAGCCCCUUCCACGUCACGGUGGCUCCUGCUCUGGACCUGGGAAAGGUUAAAGUCACCGGACUGGAUACUAAAGUGGAAGUGGGCAAGGACCAGGAGUUCUCCAUCAACACCAAAGGAGCCGGGGGGCAGGGCAAGGUGGCCGUCAAGAUGACCUCACCCUCCGGCCGACCAAUCCCCUGCAAGAUUGAGUCGGACGCGGCCAUAGGCGCCCACUCUGUGAAGUACAUCCCCCCGGAGGAGGGCCCUUACAAGGUGGAAGUCAGCUACGACGGGAACCCGGUCCCUGGAAGCCCUUUCGCUGUGGAGGGAGUCAUGCCUGCCGACCCAUCCAAGGUGCGUGCUUACGGGCCAGGCCUGAAGGGAGGCAUUGUGGGUCAACCCGCCCCCUUCACCAUCGACACCAAGGGAGCCGGGGCGGGGGGGCUGGGCCUGACGGUGGAGGGGCCGUGCGAGGCUAAGAUCGAGUGCCAGGACAACGGGGACGGUACCUGCUCAGUGGCCUACCUGCCCACUGAGGCUGGGGAGUACGCCAUCAACAUCCUGUUUGGAGAACAACACAUCCCAGGCUCGCCCUUCAAGGCGGCGGUGAAACCGUGCCUGGACCCCAGCAAGGUAACAGCUAGUGGGCCGGGCCUGCAGAAGGCCAAAGCGGGGGAGCCGGCAUACUUCACGGUGGACUGCACUGGCGCCGGCGAGGCCGAGCUCACUAUCGAGAUCGUGUCUCAGUCCGGGGCCCAUGCCGAGGUCCACAUCCAGAAGACCACUGAGGGGACCUUUUCUGUCACCUACAUCCCACCCUUCCACGGCACUCACACCAUCACCAUCAAGUACGGCGGCCAUGUUGUGCCCAAGUUCCCCACGGUCAUCCAGGUGGAGCCGGCCGUGGACACCAGCGGAGUGCAGGUCUAUGGGCCAGGGGUGGAGCCUAGAGGCGUCCUGAAGGAGGUCACCACUCACUUCAUCGUGGAUGCCCGCAAAACGACAAAGACUGGCGGCGACCACGUGAAAGCGUGCAUCAUUAACCCCUCAGGCACCAACACGGAGACCUACAUAACGGAUAAGGGCGACGGCACCUACCGGGUGGAGUACACCGCCUUCGAAGACGGCAUGCACCUGAUCGAGGUUCUGUAUGACGACGUGGCCGUCCCCAAGAGUCCCUUCCGGGUGUCGGUGGUGGAGGGCUGCGACCCGACCCGGGUCAGGGCUUACGGGCCUGGACUGGAGGGAGGGCUCAUCAACAAGCCCAACUGCUUCACCGUUGAGACCAGGGGUGCUGGUACCGGAGGUCUGGGCCUGACCAUCGAGGGAGCGUCCGAGGCUAAGAUGACCUGUAAAGACAACAAGGACGGCAGCUGCAGCGUGGAGUACGUGCCGUUCACGCCAGGGGAGUAUGACGUCAACAUCAGCUUCGGAGGGCACCCCAUUCCAGGCAGCCCGUUCCGUGUGCCGGUCCGGGAUGUAGUGGACCCCAGCAAGGUGAGGUGUUCCGGUCCAGGCCUGGGAGAUGGAGUGAGAGCCCACGUACCCCAGAUGUUCACCGUGGAUGCCACCCAAGCAGGGAAGGCCCCACUGGAGGUGCAGCUGACAGGACCAUCAGGUUCUGCCGAGCCCGUUGCGGUGAAGAACAACGGCGAUGGAACCCACACGGUGAACUACACCCCAGCCCAGGACGGCCCCUACACCGUCUCCGUCAAGUACGCGGACCAGGAAGUUCCUCGCAGUCCCUUCAAGGUGCGGUGCCAUCCUGCCCAUGAUGCCAGUAAGGUCCGUGCCAGCGGACCAGGGCUGAAUAAGUCAGGGGUUCCUGCCAGCCUGCCGGUGGAGUUCACCAUCGACGCCCGCGAUGCCGGAGAAGGACUACUGACCGUACAGAUCCUGGAUCCCGAAGGCAAGCCCAAGAAGGCUACCAUCCACGAUAACCGCGACGGGACCUACACCGUCUCCUACGUCCCGGACUCCACCGGGCCCUACACCAUCACCAUCAAGUAUGGAGGCGACGAGAUCCCCUACUCCCCCUACCGCAUCUCAGCCCUGCCCACCGGCGACGCCAGCAAGUGUCUCCUCAGUGUAUCUAUAGGAGGACACGCCCUGACAUCGGGCCUGACCAAAAUGCAGGCUCACGAGGAGACCAUCGUCUCUGUGGAUGCAAAGGCUGCUGGGAAGGGCAAGGUCACCUGCUCCGUCACGACCCCACAGGGGGUGGAGCUUGACAUGGACGUGCAGGAAAACCGCGACGGGACCUUCGACAUCUACUACACCGCUCCGGAACCCGGCAAAUACGUCAUCACCAUUCGCUUCGGAGGACAGCACAUCCCCAAAAGUCCAUUCCAUGUCACAGCCACCAAGGAGCCUGUAGUUCCCCGGGACGGCUCGGAUCAGUUCCGCCCUCUCGACCUGGUCAUCCCCUUCACCGUUCAGCAGGGUCCAAUCACAGGUGAGGUGCGCAUGCCCUCAGGGAAGACGGCCCGGCCCCACAUCACAGACAAUAAGGACGGGACCAUCACAGUGAAGUUCAACCCCUCUGAGAAGGGACUUCACGAAAUGGACAUCAAGUACGAGGGAAACCAUAUCCCAGGGAGUCCGCUCCAGUUCUAUGUCGAUGCCAUGAACAGCGGUCUGGUGACGGCGUACGGCCCCGGGCUGUGCCACGGAAUCGUCAACAAGCCGGCCACGUUCACCGUCGUCACCAAGAACGCCGGGGAAGGCGGUCUGUCCCUGGCGGUAGAAGGUCCUUCCAAGGCCGAGAUCACCUGUAAGGAUAAUAAGGAUGGGACCUGCACUGUGUCCUACCUGCCCACCUCACCGGGAGACUACAACAUCAUUGUCAAGUUUGACAACAGGCACAUCCCCGGCAGUCCCUUCACCGCCAAGAUCACUGGUGAUGAUUCUAUUAGGACGUCGCAGCUUAAUGUGGGGACAGCAGCAGAUCUGUCCCUGAAGAUCACGGAGUCAGACCUGAGUCUCCUCACAGCCAGCAUCAGAGCUCCUUCUGGCAAUGAGGAACCCUGUCUGCUCAAGAGACUGCCCAACAGACACAUCGGCAUCUCCUUCACCCCUAAGGAGGUUGGAGAGCACGAGGUCAGCGUGAAGAAGAGCGGGAAACAUGUGACCAACAGUCCCUUCAAGAUCCAGGUUGGCCAGUCCGAGAUCGGAGAGGCCAGCAGGGUCAAGGCCUUUGGGAAAGGCCUGGUAGAGGCUCACACCUUCGAGAUGGCGGAGUUCUUCGUGGACACCAGGAAUGCAGGUUAUGGGGGCCUGGGCUUGUCUAUCGAGGGCCCCAGUAAAGUGGAUAUCAGCUGUGAGGACAUGGAGGACGGGACGUGCAGAGUCACCUACUGCCCCACUGAGCCAGGCAACUACAUCAUCAACAUCAAGUUCUCCGACAAGCACAUCCCAGGAAGUCCUUUCACAGUGAAGGUGACCGGAGAAGGGCGGAUGAAGGAGAGCAUCACCAGGAAGAGAACGGCGCCGUCCAUUGCCUCCGUCGGCAGUGCCUGUGGACUGAACCUCAAAAUCCCAGGAAACUGGUUCCAGAUGGUGUCGGCCCAGGAGCGCAUGACGCGCACAUUCACGCGGAGCAGCCAUACGUACACGCGCACAGAGCGCACAGAGAUCAGCAAGAUGAGGGGCGGGGAGACGAAAAGGGAGGUGAGGGUGGAGGAGAGCACUCAGAUGGGAGGAGCAGGAGGUGGGAGUCCGUUCAGGGACGUUUUUGGAGACUUCCUGGGCAGGGAGAGUCUGGCUAGCUUCGCUGGGAUACCUGCUACACCUGGUGAGACCGCUGCCCAGGGGAGUAUGACGGCCAACGUGACCAGCCCCAGUGGGAAGACAGAGCAGGCUGAGAUAGUGGACGGAGGGGACAGCACCUACAGCGUCCGCUUCGUACCCCAGGAGAUGGGGGCCCACACAGUCAACGUCAAGUACAGCGGGCAGCAUGUCCCUGGGAGCCCCUUCCAGUUCACCGUGGGGCCCUUGGGGGAGGGAGGGAGCCAUAAGGUCCGGGCGGGAGGCACUGGGCUGGAGAGAGGAGUGGCUGGAGCACCUUCUGAGUUCAGUAUCUGGACCCGGGAGGCCGGAGCUGGUGGCCUGUCCAUCGCUGUGGAGGGACCCAGCAAGGCUGAGAUCUCCUUUGAAGACAGGAAGGAUGGCUCCUGUGGGGUGGCCUAUGUGGUUCAGGAACCAGGUGACUAUGAAGUGUCUAUCAAGUUCAACAACGAGCACAUCCCUGACAGCCCCUUCAUCGUUCCCAUAGCAACACUGUCUGACGAGGCACGCCGAAUCACCGUCACCAGCCUUCAGGAGAAGGACUUAAAGGUUAACCAGGAAGCGACAUUUGCUGUUCAGCGUAACGGGGCAAGAGGCGUGGUCGAUGCCAAGGUUCACACCCCUUCUGGAUCCGCUGAAGAGUGUUAUGUUACCGAGCUGGACAGCGAUAAGAAUGCGAUCCGCUUCAUUCCACGUGAGAACGGUGUGCACUCCAUCGACGUCAAGUUCAACGGCAGUCACAUCCCAGGCAGCCCAUUCAAUGUGCGAGUGGGGGAGGCGGGACAGGUCGGCGACCCGGGCAUGGUGACGGCACACGGGCCUGGACUGGAAGGCGGGUGCACAGGUGUGGUGUCAGAGUUCAUAGUGGACACCUGUAACGCGGGGUCAGGUGCCCUGUCUGUGACCAUUGACGGUCCCUCUAAGGUCAAGAUGGACUGUACAGAGUGCCCUGAAGGCUACAAGGUCAUCUACACGCCUAUGGCCCCCGGCAACUAUCUCAUCACUAUCAAAUAUGGAGGCCCCAACCACAUAGUGGGCAGCCCCUUCAAAGCUAAAGUCACAGGCACGCGUCUGUCGGGUGGGCACAGCCUUCAUGAGACCUCCUCUGUGCUGGUGGAGACUGUCACCAAGACGUCCAAGGUGGCCGGAGCGUACAGCUCCUCGUCCUCCUCCUUGUCCAAGCUGAACUCAGAUGCCAGCAAGGUGGUGUGUCGGGGAGCAGGACUCUCAACCGCGUUGAUCGGCCAGAAGAACGUCUUUAACGUAGACUGCAGCAAAGCAGGCACUAACAUGUUGCUGGUUGGAGUUCACGGGCCCCGGAUCCCCUGUGAGGAUGUGUACGUGAAACACAUGGGCAACCGCCUCUACACGGUCACCUACACGGUGAAGGACCAGGGGAACUACACAGUCAUCGUCAAGUGGGGCGACGAAAGUGUUCCUGGGAGCCCUUUCAGCGUAGUCGUUCCCUGAACUUCGACCCCGACAUCACCCUGCGCCAUCGCUCCGCCACAGUUCUCAAAGGACUGCUGCAGACCCCCCCCCCCCCCUUCCAAAGUGCACUAAGAAAUGCAAGGACUUUUCCUCUCUCACUCCCCUAUAAGGAAAAUAGAAUUCAACCGUUAUUUAAUUGUGCCAAAGCUUUUUGUAUUAACUCUUACUGUAAUCGUUCAGAGGACGUUCUUGGUGACGUUAGAUGUUGUACAGAUGGAUAGAGGGCUGACCUCCUUCCUUUUUUGCCAUGGAUUGUUUCUGUGACUCCAUGGGCAGCGCACCCUCUAUCCAUCUCUAUGUGAAGUGUUCCAAGCCUUGAGAUGUGUUUAAAGUAUUUUGAUUGGUCCAAAUAUCUAUAGCGCCAAUAGAAAGAUGUUGUUGUAAAGCAAUGAACGGCUUAAUGUGUGAAUGUUACAAACAUUAGAGAACUAGUUAUUAAACAAUAUUAAAGUGUGAUAUUAUAUGGUUUUGUAUGCUUAAAAAAAGAGAAUGUUUUUUUGUUUUGUUAACCUAUUUUUGGUAAGUCUUUGCAGAGCUAAUAAUAAAGAUUACUGCUACCUUU